UGAUGCAUUUCAGCAAACAGCAUUCCUCAGAGUGCGUGGCAUUUCGAAGUGCUUUUGAUCAGUGUAUCGAACUCUUUCUGUUGGGUCUGGGAUGCAGACAGCCACACGUAGUCAAUUAACCGUGCUGUGUCCGACGGGUCUUUGAAACCUGGUUGCUAAAAUGCGUCUCCUGUGACCACUUUUGUUUGGAUUUCGAGGGGAAUUUUCAUGAUGACAUACAUCAUUCACUAAGCCAGUGUGUUACUGCAUGAUAAUAAACCAAAAUAAAGUAUGUAAAGAAAGCAUGACUCUGGGGAUGGGGGCAUGGUGGUGUAUCUGUCUGCGGGAGAGGGAGAGCAGUAAGGCUCAUCACCUGGGCUGACAUUAUCUCUAACACCUAUGUCUUGUUAUAGUGAUGGCAGAGGGAGACCUGAAAAGGCUGACGGAUGCAUCAGUAUGCAGAGAGAGACAAGAGAGAGACUGUUCCUGCAUGUGUGACAGAAUUACGAUUCGUUUGUGUGGGACAGAAUUACGCCUCGUUUGUGUGUAUACUUGGCCACUAAGAGCCCUUUUUGUUCAAGUUUUUGUGAGUGACACUGAAGAGUAAUAAAGUACUCAUGUUGACAGUUCGCUGCCUCCUGACUCCUCCAUUACUCAGAUUACGAACUUGUUACAAUGACUAAAACAUGCAUGCUGUUUCUCCCAGAUACAGCUGAUAUUUAAUAUAAGCACAAAUGCAACAUUUCGAGCAGAAUUCUCAGUUAUUUUAGUGCAGUACCUGUUUAACUGUGCUUCAGAUGUGUGCUUCUCUUGUCACUGCAUGUUGAUACUUUUGCAUGCGGCGAGAAACAGGCAAGUAUAACGGGUCUUGAGACGUAUUUCGGCACGUAAAAGUUGAACUUCCUUUAACGUAACGCUCCUGGUGUGAGAUCUACUGUAAUUAACACAAAAGUUUCUGUCAAAACAGUAUACUGUUUCUGCAAACAUGUUGUUGCAUGGACAUUCAAGCUUUGCGCUAGUGAAGCAAAAGUAUGCAAAUUAGCAAUUUAUUUAUUUAUUUUAUUUUGUUUGAUGAAGGCUUUUCACAGGGGCCGGUUGCAUAAAACUGUUUUAGAAUAGUCUUACAAAUUAGUUGACUAAAAUUUUGGUUUUAGCUUUUUCAGUCAAUUGCAUAAAAACUUUUGGUCUUAUUUAAGACCAAAAUGUAAGACAGCAGACCCCUAGGCUAACUAUUGUUUACAUUCUAUAUUGCCAUGGAAAAUAACUGUCAGCUGAGCUAGUGGGCGCUUCAGUUGAGGACUAAAAGGGGCUUGAGUUGAGACUGAAAAAGAUUUCCUUGAGUUUAUUAUUUGGGUUAAAAUCACUAAAUUUGGUAAUUAGAAUAUAUUUUUAAGCAUUGUAUUCUUCUAAUAUGCAAAUAUUUUCAGUAAAGAGAAACUGUGUUUAGCGACAAGUGUCGGCCAUUUGUUUUUUUGUCGUUCAGUGUCUUAUUUUUUCCACAAUGCAAUGCAAAUUUUACUGUUUUACUAAAGACAGCUGUGAGCUUGUUUUAUGCUACAGGCUUUCUCUGGCGUCUUUAGUUAGUCAGACAAAUUGUUAGACAAAGUCUAAAAUAAAUGGCUAUGUUUAUGCAACCAGCCCCUGGUUUGGGGCACUGAAGGGGCAAAUCAGAUUUCACCUGGAGCCAGUGACCCAUGGCCCCUUCCCUAGAUCCGCCCCUGGUAUCAUACUAUAUAACAGGUUUCAAAGGGUCGUCCUGUAGAUCAGAAACCAUGUUGACUGCUCUACUUCUGUUGUGGCUUGGAGCUUUUCUUUUGUUCCUCAAGCUCAGAAUUUGGCGACCCAAAAACUUCCCCCCUGGACCAACUCCUAUUCCCUUCUUUGGAAACUUGCUUCAAUUAGACUGCACAAACCCAUUAAAGGACCUGGACAAGUUUGCUCAGCGUUAUGGAUCACUCUACAGUCUCUAUAUUGGUAGGCAGCCAGCAGUGGUGUUAGCUGGUCAGAAGGUGAUCAGGGAGGCACUGGUCACACAGGGGGUGGAGUUUGCUGGCAGAUCAGACACCAUGUUUGUCAGCCACAUAACAAAGAACAAAGGGGUGAUAAUGGCAGAUUUUGGAGAGGGUUGGCGAGAACAUCGACGGUUUGCUCUGACCACACUAAGGAACUUUGGAUUGGGGAAGAGAAGUAUGGAAGAGAGGAUUCUGGAGGAGGUCAAAUAUAUCUGCUUACAUCUGGAGGAAUCUGCUGGAAAGUCAAUUGACCCUAAACAUCUCUUCCAUCAGGCUGCUUCAAACAUAAUAGCAUCCAUUAUUUUUGGGUCACGCUUCAACUAUGAGGAUGAAUAUUUCCAGACGUUGCUCACAACAAUAGAACAACUUACUAAGAUUGUCAUUGGACCUUGGGCAAUGCUCUAUGAAAUAGCACCAGCAAUAAGGAUUUUCCCACUGCCAUUCAGGAAAGGUUUUGAUUAUUUUGACCAAAUCAAAGAACACAUUCUUAAAGUUGUCAGUGAGCACAAGAAGUCACGGGUUGCUGGGGAGCCCAGAGACUUGAUUGACUGUUACCUGGAGGAGAUGGAGAAGAGAGCAGAUCAGCGUACCACAUUUGAUGAUUCACAGAUGGUCACUUUGCUCUUUGAUUUGUUUGUUGCUGGAACUGACACAACCUCAAUCACACUUCGCACAUUAACCCUCUACCUGAUGACCCACAUGCACAUACAAGAGCAAUGUCAGAAGGAGAUCGAUGAAGUCCUUGGAGCUCGUGAACAUGUCACAUUUGAGGACAAAAAUGCCAUGCCUUACGUUCAGGCAGUGAUUCAUGAGGGUCAGCGUGUUGCUGACAUUGUUCCUCUUAGUAUGUUUCACACUGCCAGUACAAACACCAAACUCCAGGGCUACAACAUCCCAAAGGGGACAAUUAUCAUCCCAUAUCUGUCAUCUGCUCUCAGAGAGGAAAGUCUGUGGAAGUUUCCCCAUGAAUUCAACCCUCAAAACUUCUUGAAUGAAAAGGGGGAAUUUGUGAAGCCUGAAGCAUUCUUGCCUUUCUCUGCAGGAUCCCGUGUGUGUUUAGGAGAGAGUCUAGCUCGUAUGGAGCUCUUUCUCAUCAUGGUUACAAUACUGCGGCGCUUCCGCCUAAUAUGGCCAGAAGAUGCAGGAACACCAGACUUUACUCUUAUAUAUGGUGGGACACAGUCAUCAAAACCUUACCCCCUGCGUGUACAACUACGUGCACAAGGGAAGACGUGUGAAUCUUAGGUACUAGCCUUGUAAUGCAUAAUAUUUAUUUUGUAUUACUUUGAGCCAUUAUAAUUUUAGUAGAACAUAAAGAAUGAGCCAACUGUAUAGAUGUGUUAAAUGAAACUUUCAUAACGCCUUUAAAGAGCAUUAUUGUUUUCAUCCUUAAGUAGUCUUGUUAAAGCAGAACUAUUGUGCAACCAUGAGUUCAAAAGGUAGUCUUUCACGCAAACAUUUACUUUUAUUUGUGAAAACCACUUUAUACAACCAUUAAAUAAAAAAGCAGUUUUUGUUUGCUGCUAGAGAGUUGUCCUAAAUUGUUCUGUUCAUAUUGUAAAUUUGAACUACAAAAAUAACUGAAUGUUGUAAAUGUGAAUUAACAUGAAUUGUACUGUAUAUAAAAAACAAACAAAUUUUCAAAUUGGUAACACUUUACAAUAAGGUUCCAUUCGUUAACAUUAGUUAAUGCAUUAGGUAUCAUAAACUAACAAUGAACAAUAUAUAUUUUUACAGCAUUUAUAAAGCUUUUACAAUUGUUCACUGCUAAUUCAUGUUAGUUCAUAGUGCAUUAACUAAUGUUUAUAUAUAAAACUUUUGAUUUUAACAAUGUGUUAGUAUAUGUUGAAAUUAACAUUAACAUAGAUUAAUAAGUACUGGGAAAGUAUUGUUCAUAUUACCUUAUGUUGUUAACUAAUGUCAACAAAUGGAACCGUAUUGUAAAGUGUUACCAAAAAAUUGUUUUAGUCAGAAAUUAGACAAUUGUUCAGUAAGAACAUCUAAUGAUAAUGAAGUCUGAUGCCUCCAUGUGUAGGUACAGUUCAUUGUAUAGAGACAUUAUGUGGUAAAUCUAAACAAAAUCUAGUGUUUUUGGUUGAAUUUCCACAUAUUUACAGGAGGAUCCUUGCUCAAAAGAAAUUUUCUCAUUCAUACAAUCAUGCUUUGACGAUUCCAUUUAGCUUGGCAAUUAUAUGGGUAAGUAAAUCAAAUCAAAUCAAAUCACUUUUAUUGUCACACAGCCAUAUACACAAGUGCAAUGGUGUGUGAAAUUCUUGGGUGCAGUUCCGAUCAACAUAGCAGUCGUGACAGUGAUGAGACAUAUACCAAUGUAAUGGUAUAUGCAAUGUUAUUGCAUAUACAUGUAAUUAGAUCAGGUUUAAUUCAGAACAGUGUAAUUUUGCUUUUGGUUUUUAUUUGACCCAUGUAUUCUUUGACUUGGAGUUGAAUGAUGAGUAGCUCAAUGGUAGGAAUGUAGAAAAUUAAGAAUAUUAAUACAUAUUUGUUUGUCUUCAAAAUUUUAUUUAACAGAAUUUACAAAUGAGCAUCCUAUCCUUCAUUCAAUUCAACAGAUCCUAUAACGGUAGCCAGGUGAGGAUAUAACAGAAUUUAAGAAUUUAAAACGUGAUGCGAAAAAUGUAAAAAGUUAAUCAAUUGUGUGUGUACCAUACAAGUCCAGCUAUAUUUGACAUAUAAAUCCAGAGAUA